CGCUCGGGCGAUGCAUUAGCACCGAUAACUAUCACUUGGUAGGAUUUCCCCCACCUAAAAUGAACGUUGGUUCGAUUUAAGAUAACAUAAGUUUAUGAAUUCCUAACGUUUGCGUGGCGCUUAAUGUAAAUGGAUGACUGUUUGGAUUGAUAACCCGGUGCUAUUUGACUGUGUUUUCUUCGUUGUGAAGGACCGCAAGCUAACGUGCUAAUUUCCAUCUGUUGAGGAUUAGUGAACACACUGAGCACACAAACCAAAACAUAUUUACAACUCACAUGUGUCAUAUUAUAAAAUGCACUAUACACAGAGAAACUGGUAACUAUCGUUUUUUAUAUUUAGGUGAUGUAUAGAGCUGUUUAAAAGAACGCGGGCGACUGUCUGUCAUUAAUGUGCAGAUAGCUCGCUGGUGUUAUUUCGGUGUAACGUUUCGGUCAGUUGUUAGUGUAUGAUGGCUCCACAGAAAUACUCAGCUCAGGUGAUGAACUGCAAAGCCAACUGCGCUGUGUACCCGUCCUCUGGCGUGAACUCACUCAAGAAGCCCAAGAUGGAGCAGCUGCAGGCUGACCAUGAGCUCUUCCUGCAGGCCUUUGAGAAACCUACUCAGAUAUACAGAUUCCUGCGAACAAGGAACCUAAUAGCUCCAAUAUUACUUCACAGGACCCUCACCUUCAUGUCUCAUAGAAACUCAAGAACAAAUGCAAAAAGGAAAGCAUUUAAAGUGGAUGACAUGCUGUCCAGAGUGGAGAGGAUGAAAGAGAAGCACGAGUCUCAGAGUUUGGCUUCACACCUGCAACUGACAUUCACUGGUUUUUUUCACAAGAAUGAUAAGCCAUGUCAAAACUCAGAAAAUGAACAAAACUCAGUCUCGCUUGAGGUGCUACUUGUCAAAGUCUGCCAUAAAAAGCGCAAGGAUGUCAGCUGCCCUAUAAAGCAAGUGCCUACUGGGAAAAAGCAGGUGCCUUUGAACCCGGAUCUCAGCCAAACCAAGACUGGUGCCUUCCCUUCCCUUCUGGUUUCCAGCAAUGAGUUUGAGCCAAGUAACAGUCACAUGGUCAAAUCCUAUUCUCUGCUCUUCAGGGUGUCUCGCACAGGCAAAAGAGACCCCAACGGCUUCAUCAGCUGUGAGGUGGAUGAGAAUAUUGAUGUAAAAGAGGAGCUUCCAUCCAGAAAGAAGAGAAACUCUUCCCAAAGAGGUGACGGAGACACCACAGAAACAUUUGUUGCACAGAUGACUGUCUUUGAUAAAAACAGACGGUUGCAGCUGCUGGAUGGGGAAUAUGAGGUGUCCAUGCAAAAGAUCGAGGAAUGUCCAGUCAGCAAGAAGAGGGCCACAUGGGAGACCAUUCUGGAUGGAAAGAGGUUGCCCCCAUUUGAGACCUUCUCUCAGGGACCCACUCUGCAGUUCAUUCUUCACUGGACGGGUGACCCCAGUGACCCUUCAACAGCCCCUGUGGCCAAACCUCUAUCCACCCGCAAUUCAGACAUCAGCACCACAGAGAGCAGACCCAGCACUCUCCGACCUGCACCUUUAGUGGUAAAGGAUUCAGUGAACACCAGCAUACAGACUCGGAGAGAGUCCCCCUGUGAACCCAGACAGAAACUACGCAUCUUUUACCAGUUUCUAUAUAACAAUAACACCCGUCAGCAGACAGAGGCCAGAGACGACCUGCACUGUCCCUGGUGCACACUCAACUGUCGCAAACUGUACAGCCUGCUGAAACACCUCAAACUCUCCCACAGCAGAUUUAUCUUCAACUAUGUGCCUCACCCUAAAGGCGCUCGGAUAGACGUGUCGAUAAACGAGUGCUAUGAUGGCUCUUAUGUGGGAAAUCCACAAGACAUCCACAGCCAGCCUGGCUUUGCCUUCAGCCGUAAUGGCCCUGUGAAGAGGACGGCUGUGACCCACAUACUCGUCUGCCGGCCAAAGCGAACCAAGCCGAGUUUGUCUGAGUUUUUGGAGUCAGAGGACGGUGAGCCUGAGCAACAGCGGACCUAUGUGAGCGGACACAACCGUCUGUAUUUCCACAGUGAUAGCUGCAUGCCCCUUCGGCCACAGGAGAUGGAGAUGGACAGUGAGGAUGAGAGGGACCCUGAGUGGCUCAGAGAGAAGACCGCCACGCAAAUUGAAGAAUUCACAGAUGUGAACGAGGGAGAGAAAGAAGUAAUGAAGUUGUGGAACCUUCAUGUAAUGAAGAAUGGAUUCAUUGCUGAUAAUCAGAUGACUCAGGCGAGCAUGCUUUUUGUGGAGAACUUCGGGCUACAUAUAAUUCGUAGGAAGCUGUGUCGGAACUUUCUCCUUCACCUGGUCAACCUACACGACUUCAACCUGGUCACCAUUGCGACCAUUGACUGGGUCGUGGACCGUAUGAAGGAGAUUGAGGAAUCACUUCCUGAACUAGAGGAGGGACAGGAAGAGUUGAGUGCCACCUACAAUGGCCAUGCUGUAUCCUCUGGUGUUUCACUACAUGGCAAGCGUACUAAAAGUGGAGUUGCAGACUGACAACAGCCUGUUUACAAGAACUCAAUCUGAGGUUUAGAACUCUCAUCCAGCUGUGCUGUUUUGACUUAAAAUACGUGUUCUAUAUCUGAUCUGGUCAUAUGCAGUGUUGGGGAACAUUUCUUUUAAAAGUAACUUGUUAAAAUAUCGCGUUACUCCUUAAAGUAACUAAAUUCAUUAAAAAGUUACUAUUUAUGAACUUUCACUUCUGCUGUGCAUUCAAUACAAAUACAAGAGAAAUGUAGAGAUAUUACAGUUCAUGAUGGCUACUGUACAAUACUCAUGUCAAAACAACAUACUAAACAAACAGAUAUUUAGAAAGUCUACAAUCAGUAGGUCUUAACGUCAUAUUUAUAAUAAAUACUUAAUAACUAUAAUAUGCAUGAUUUGUUUUUCCAUCAAUAUGGCAGCCAAUAUGAAUAAUGAAAAAUAACCACUGUCUUACCUAAAGCAGCAAGUCGAACACUUGAACCUGCAUCAUAUAUGUCAUCAUGUGCUGUACCCCAUCGACAAUGUCAGAGUCAACUUAAGAUGUCUUUCAAAAGUCUGAAUAAAAUUCAGUGGGAAUGCCAGCCUAAAAUGUUCAAGGAAUGUGUCUGAUCAUAAAAUAAUAUUUUUCACAUGAGUCAUCUCAGUGCACGCUUGUUUUGAGCUGAUCCACGGUGCGUACAAUCCAAUGGUUGAUUGCAUACAACUGCAAAUGCGCAGGUUGAUAUAACUUGAAUAGAAUAGUUUUUAAUGCUACCAAAAUGUCUUUUUAGUUAUUUUUUUUUUUCACAAAUCAAAUUAUUUGUUUAUUAUAGAACAAAAAUGUCUAAUAUUUUAAGAAAUUAAGACAUUUUGUCUGCGUACACAAAACAUGUAGUCAGCUUUUCUCAUCCCAUUUUCCCAGUUAAGGGGAGCUGGAUCAUGGAGCAGUUUGGCUGCAUAAGUCAGUGAAUUGAGCGAGUAUUUCACCCUCUGUAUGUCAUGGCCAGUGGAAGACUAGUGUUAUAAUCCCUCUGCCUAAACAUGUUUACUGAUUUGUUUUGUAAUGCGGUGUGUAUUAACUCAACUGUAUGUUGAAUGUCAUAUGCUUUAAUGCAGAGCAGUUCAGAUGCAAACUGAUCUUAGAGUAGUAGUUAUGGGCAGCUUUAAAACAAACUUAUACCACGAAAAUGUUUGUUACACAAUUUUACAUUAAUCAGCUGUGAGAAUCAAAGUAUCACUUACCCGAAUGUUACAUUUUUGAAAAAAUGAUGCCUUAUGAGAACACAUUUCUUAACUCUUGCUGUGAUUGUCAUGACAAUGACAAAGUUUAUGACGGCUGCUCGUUUAAGCUCCAUUGUACAAAAAAAUCCACCGCUGCAAAUGAUGAGAACAACUGGAUUUACAUUCCUUUACCAGCAAUAUUUCGCCAUUUUUAAAACACAAAUCUCAGGGUGGGCUAAAAGAAGACUGAUAAGCAUGGCUUAUACUCUCUAGAACAACAAAACCCAUCAGGCGCACAAUAUAAUGCCCAUCAUGCACACACAUGCUACAACUUCACUGAACAUCUCUAGUAAGCAUCACCAGAACUACAAUGCCCAUCAUGCCCCUCAUCGAAGUUUGCACACAUUUGCUCCUGAUUUAUUAUUAUUUAUAGGAGAGUUGUACAAAAGCAACGCAUUACUUAUUUUAAAAAAUAACUCCGAUAUUAUGGUCUAAAAUAAAAAAAUAUUGCAUUACUCAUUACUCGAAAAAAGUAAUCUUUUUACGUAGCACACGUUACUUUUAUUGCGUUACCCCAACACUGGUCAUAUGCCCAUUUAAUUAGCCUGUUUGAGACUCAGUCAAUUAGCCACUGGUUUUAUGGACUGACACAAGUGUUAUUGACUGAAUUGGUGCAAUUUUUCAACAUAUUUGCCAGUGCAGUGUCUAUCAUACCAUCAACCAUAAUGUCAACAGUAAUGUCAAGGAUAAUCUCUACUUUAGUUUUUUGACUGCCAUUAUGCAAAGAAGUUACUGUAAACUUGGGAAUACUGUUCUAUAUCUUCUGUAGAAUAAUCUGCAUACAUUUUUUUUUUUAUUGUGUUCAGUGAUCUUUUAGCACAUGUUAGCACUUGUUAAUACUUUGUUGUGAUAUUCAGGUGUCUCAUGUUCUAUUUGAAAGCUAAACAGCUUUUCAUUUUUCAUAUUUGUAAUGUACAGCUACCCCUAUAUCUGUUUUUAAUUGGACCAAUGAAUAUAAUAUAUCCAUUGCAAUAUGUCAACCUCUCCACGUUACAUACAUGUAGAGUUUUGAGAUGCUUCCAUAUACAGUUUAUAUAUGGAAUAUAUCUGUAUAUUUUAACCCUGGUUCUCUUGUUGUUAAUUAAAAAGCACUAUCAUGCACACUCGAGAAAUGAGAAUUGCUUGUGCUUUGAGUAGAAAGAUUUUGAAAUCUACAAGAAGUCCUCAUUUCAUUAGUGAACUUUGCAAACCAACCUCAUUUAUGUCAUUUAGAUAGCUUCAAAUAAAACAGAUGUUCUGGGAUGGUUUUCAGUCCUGGACAGGUGAUGUCAAACUGAUGUUGCUACUAGAUAUGUGAUUAUGUAAUAAUUUGUGGCUAUUAUUAAGUUCAGAAGUCAAACAAGCCAAAGUAUAUUUGAUGCAGCAUCUCUUCUCUUUCCCUGAACACAUUUCAGUUUGUUCUUUCUGCAAAAUUCACAAGUUUGGUGUAUACAAGAUAACUAUUUUUCAAAUUAAAGAUCCGUAAAUGCUUGGUUUAAAGUUGUUUUUUGCUUAUCGUUUUCCUUGCAAAUUUUUCUUUAUAUUCAAAAUAACUGCACUUUAAAGUCACAAAGUUCUGAAAUUGUAUGGAUGUAAUGGAAAUUUCAAAACUUAGAUGCACUUAAUAACAAGUCUUAAGUGUGUCCUGUCAUAAACAUUAAAGUACCAAUUGAUUCCUGAAGCCUCAUACAAGGCUAAGUUCUUAAGUUUAAAUUUUCAGUUUGUGCAAUAAAUCUUAAAAUACAUUUUCAGCCCAUAUUUUUGUAGAUCAAAAAUAGCUGAUUGCUUUUUAAAAAUGUACAUUUAUAAAUAUGGAAUUUAGUAAAAAAAAAAUAAAAGCUUUAUAAUUAAAAAUGCACAAUUUCUUGUUCAUAUUUGAAAAUAAUAAUAUUUUUUUUAUGUGUAUCAGCAGUAUUGGGUCUAAGAUUAUAUUGAAUGAAUUCAAGAAUAUUGGAUAAGAAUUUAACUGUGUGGUUACACCGUUCUAAAACAAAGAAUUUACAGGUGUGUUCCAAUUUGUAUCCUACUGAGUGGACAUAUGGCAUUCAGCCAUCUUAAGGGAGAUUCCAAUCCAAAGGGAACCUAUAUAUUCAGUUGGAACUUGGAAGGGCAAUUCAAAAGGCAUAGGAAAUAAGUGAACAUCGAUACAUCACUUCACAGGAAGUGGAGAGGGAUAUUUAUACCACCAGGCAUUGUAAACAGUAGAGUAUUGACAUAGUUUGUCUAAAAUAUGUAAAAGGAGUUUGAGAUUCUUUCGUUUAACCCUUGUGCAGUGUUAAAAUUUUUUUACCUAAUUUGGUGUUCCCUGUCAAAAAUUCCCGGCCUAUUUAAAAUGGCCAUCUCUCGUUAUGCUAUAUUAUCACCAAAUAUUGGAUUAUAUAUUUUUGUCAACUUGUUUUCUUUCAAUUAUCGCUGGUUUUGUAUUUCUUUUUGGAGCUUAUUGAUCGUAGACCUCACUGACCUGAGCUUAUGCACCUCAGAGUGAAAAAAGCAUU